AAAAUGAAAAUAGAAGAUGAGGUUCAUUGAAAAUUCAUGAGAUUUUAGCCAUGGAUAUUUAAUUAAGCAACUUCCUGUCCAUCACCGUAGGUUAGGCUCCAUGGCAGAAGGAGGUAUUAUUUUAGAGAAAGAAGGGAAAUUCCUGGAAGAUGAUGCUAAAUUUCCCUGUCUUAUCUGUGGUCAGAAGGGACUUACCCAGAAUGAAAUGCGUGCCCAUAUAAUGAUGGAGCAUGUAGAGCGAGACAUUUCCUGCCCGUUUUGUGACCUUAGUGGAGUCACAUCUAAUGAGAUGAAUUUACAUAUCAAUAGUGCUCACCUAUCAGAAGAGGAAUCUGCUCAAGCUAGUCAGUCUAACACCUUAUCUGCUAAAGUCAACGACUCCCCAGAUUCUGUACCUAGUCACACACUGGAAGCCAUAUCUCAAGAAAUACAUUCCAAAAGCAAAGGCAAAGAUAAUUCAGCUGCAGAUAACUCAACUGCAGAUAAUACUCCGUCAAAGAUCUCAAAGGGAAUGAAAUCCACAGAGGUUAAAAACAAGGAAAAAGCAUCCUCCAAAAAUCUGAAAAUAUCUGAAGAUCUACAGUAUGAUCAUGACAAAAGCUGCAGUUCAAACAGCCAAAGUAAUCUCACUCAGUCAAACGAUGGAUUAAAGAAUGUCCAGGCCUCAGAUGGCGUGGACAAAAGUCAUUUAUUCCUAGAGGUUAACCAGCCAAGGGAGGAAGUUGGAGUUUUAAGAUUGACUCAAGGUUUCAACAGUUGCCAUACCAUAGAAGGUGCUACAAGAAGAGGCACUGCACAGAAUGGAGCAGGUUUCCAUGGCAAUCAAAGAAAUAACCCACUGGUUGUGCCAGAUAUCAAUGAUAAUGUUGAACCUGAUAUCAACUCAAAUAUUCCUGGUGAAUUUCCCUGUCCUAUGUGUCAGUUCAGUACGAUAUCUGAAGCAGACAUCCAGACUCAUGUAAACAGAGAACACCUAGAUAUUCUAAGUCCAUGUAAAGGUGGUGAUUAUGAAAUGGUUGAUGAUGAUUCUGUUCCAAGAUGCCCACUAUGUGGAGCUUUGAUGAAUUCAGUUGAUGAAUUACAAAUUCAUGUCAAUAUUAGUCACUCUGAUAUCCUUAGCCCAGAUCAACCAAUGGAUAUGCAGGAAAAAUUAUAUCCACCAAUGAGAAGAGAAGAAAAUGUUGAAAAGCCAAUCAGAGGUAAGAAUGGGCCUGUUCCACCAAUGGCAACUUUUGAUGGUAAAGAUGAGGAUGGAGAAAUGGCUGCCUGUAGCAGAAAUUGGAAUGAAAGAAGAAGCUGGCAAGAAAUUGUCACUUGUCCUGUUUGUGAUCAAGAGUUUGAUGAUGCAGCCAUAUUGGAAAUUCAUGUGAAUGGUCAUUUCUCUGCUACCAACACACCAGUAGUAGAAAAUGACUUUGCAUUAGCUCAAGAACUUGGAAAAUCUGAAUACGAGGAUCAGGAGCAAAGACAGUUUGAAGCCUUGCAGACAAUGUAUGGAAUGAAGGGAAACUCAAGCUACAAGAAGCAGUAUGAACGAACCUUGGAGAAUUCCUUCACCAAAGGUGAUCUAAGUAUUACUGAGUAUCAUCUGCGUAAACAGAGCAUGAAGACAAGAGAUCUGGCAGGCAUGGAGGACGGACACUCCUGUACUAAAGGUUUAAUGGAGCUAUUUGCCACAUACUAUGGAAGUAAGCCACCCAGUAUAGCUAACGUUUACCUAGCCUCACACGUGGAUCACUACGCAGCAUCCUACGGAGAUAGGGGAUGGGGGUGUGGCUACAGGAACUUCCAGAUGUUACUGUCAUCCCUAGCAGCCAAUCCUACAUACAGCAAGGUCCUCUUUAAUGUCUUUGUAGGUAAACCUGUGAUUCCUUCCAUUCCCAAAAUCCAACAGCUGAUCGAGGCAGCAUGGGCCAAGGGGUUUGAUCAGCAGGGAAAGGAACAACUGGGUAACAAAGUCACAAACACAACUAAAUGGAUCGGGGCCACGGAGAUUGUGGCUACUCUGUUUUCACUCAAAGUCAAGUGCCAACUCUUGGAUUUCCACAGCCCUUCAGGACCUCAGGGCACACACCCAAAACUUUUUGAGUGGAUCAAGGCUUAUUUUGAGAAGAAAGAGCCUUAUAAGCUUCCUAUAUAUCUUCAGCACCAUGGCCAUAGUAGAACAGUAGUUGGUAUUGAGGAAGUUCGGGAGGGUGGUUUACGUCUGCUGAUCUUUGAUCCGUCUACUCCCCGCAAACAGAUGCAGCAGUACCAUGGUGUGGUAAAUGGCAGUAACCUCCGCACCAUUCGACGUACCCUGCAUGGACUGAAGGCUAAGCAGUACCAGCUAGUGGCUGUCACAGGGGUCCUAACUGACCAGCAGUAUGAAGAGAACAAGGUGCUCCGGUCUCAAAGAAUCCACUAGUCAAGAAUUAGAUCUACACUUGCAGAAAGAGAAACCCGGCAGAAAAUAUUAAUCCUAUCAAGAAUAAGCAAAGUCCAUCUUAAGGGAAAAGUUUAAGCCAUACUUGAUUAAGAAUGAAUUUCCACACAAAUUUGCUUCAGAAUGGAAAAAAGAAUUUAUCAUAGUUUUACAUGUAAACGAUAACUCUUCUUAUUUUAGUACCUGGUUUGUCUGCAUCUAAAGCAUCUUCACUAGCCGUAGCUGGUCCGCUCCUCUUCAAAUCUACCAAGGGUUGAGAGGAAGGGAGUGGAUCAUAAAAUUGGCUAGCGAAGAUGCAUCUACAGCAGUUUUCAGUGCUUAGUAGUCCAGCUUGCUGAAAUCUUUUAUCUUGCCAAUUUGAUAAAUUUUUGCUACUUAGAACAUGUAGAAUAUUCCAUGUUUUUUGGAAGUACACUAUUGCUUGGUAGGCUGUAGAUUGAAGGGUAUUUAAAAAUAGUACAAUGCUUUGGUGCUUGUUUACAAUGAAUGAUGCUCUCAGUGUUGUAUUACUUGGGUCAGUGUGAUUACACUUUAGUAGGGAAUUGAAUUCCAUUGCACCAUUCUGUCAAGGCAUCAUAGGAUUCAUAUGAUUGUACUUCGUUAGAAGAACAGACAUAACACUCUUGUUAGGACAAAGCUGAGAAGUCAUUUUCAAAAAAUAUAAUUUUGUCUUAAGCCAAUAGUCUGAAGAAAUAGAAAAUAAAUAUAUGAGAGAUAUGUGCAUGUAAAACAAUCUUUAUUGUGCAUAAUACACAAGUGAUUAGAAAUGGUUUUCAAGUAGUUUCUUUUCUUUUUUUUUAAUUUAAAAUAGUUAAAUGUUAACUUAAAAGCACGAAUGUAACCACAAAACAGUUAUUUACCCAAUGACAGGUAAAAGAGAUUGUGAAUAAAAAAAAAUAGUGGCUAUGAUAGCCUGUCUUUAAAGCAUUUAAUUGUUGCUGAAAAGGAGAGUAAACUUUUUUUACAUAAAAGACUUAAACUAUAUGACUGGGACAUUAAUUAACUUCAGUUGUAAAAAAAAAUUUUAAAAAGUGCACACUAAAACAGUACAGUAUUACAGCUAGUAGAAAACAUAUAAUACAUAUAAAUGAAAAUAAUUGUUAAAACUGGACUUUUUAAUUGCAAUGAACUGAUACCUUUGUUUAAUUAAAAGUCAAUUUGUGUUGACCCUUCAGUCAAGUUGUCCAGUAAACCAGUCAAUGAUUAGUCUGAGACUGUAGAAGCUUUAGAGAGGGUUCUUGUGAGUAAAGUUCAGAGGAGAAUUUUAUCUUGUGAAACUGUUCUGUUCUUUGGAAUGAGUAUAAGCAUGAUAAGUCCUAAAAUUAUUAUCCUUCGUGCAAUUUCUUAUUGUUCAUUUAUUGUGAUCCAUACCUGUGUAGUUACAGAAAAAAUACAUACAGUAGGGUAUUCUAACUUCUAACAAAAAAAAAUUACAUCCACAUGCUGUAAUUUAUUUAAUAUUUAUUUUUUUUAAUGAAUGACAGAAUGUACAGUAUAUGUUUACUACCGGUACAUAAUCUGCUUUUUGAGAUCAGAGUUUCUGUAGUGAUUUCUCAUAGGAAAAAAAAAGAAAGGAAAGGAAAAACAACAGGUUAAGAGUUAACCUUAUACAAGAAACUCACAUUGCACAUGCAGCACUUUUUGUGACAUAUUACCUGUUCUGUAUGUCAGGUUAAAGUUUAAAUCAUGUAUGUAUUGUGAUUGUCUGGAGAUGUCUUAAAUAUCAUGAGGAAAAAUAAUGGAACAGAAGAAUUGUUCACUGUAAUGCAGAAUGUGAUAUAUUGUAUGAAUGUGGUUAUAGGCAAAGGGCAGAGCUUUUGUUGUAAAAAUAUAAAACCUGUAAUUGCAUAUUGUAAAUUUGUUGGAUCUGAAUUCCGUUAUAAAUGUUCCAUUUUUAUGCUAAUUUGUUUUUGCACAGCUGUGAUAUAUAUAGUAUGUGUGUCACUUAUAAGGUGACUGUAACAUAUCGAAAGGAGAGCCAGACUUAUUGCCAUCUUAUUGUUGUAAAUUUAUUAAAAUCUGUGAAUACAAAUACCA